AUGGUUUCCCUUCGUGUGGCCGUUUCUCUCUGCGUAGCCUAUCUGUCAUACUUGGCUGCCGCAAUAUCUCUGGAGGAUAUCCCGAAAUGCUCUGUAAUGAGCAAUCCAGCAGUUGCCAAUUCGAGCAUCGAAGCCAUGUGCGCAGCCAGGGAGUUGGAAAAAACAAUCCAGGAUUGUAUUUCAGACAAGUGCACGAUAAGAGAGGCACUCCAAUUCGCGGAUUUUGUCUCCGAAGUAUGCAAUAUACCUCAAGAAGACAACCGUCCAAAGUAUCGAGCUGUUAUCAUUACUUGGACCAGUAUUAGUCUCGUUGCAGUAAUAUUAUUAGUCGCUUCCAAAACAUUCGUUGCGACUCCUUGGGGACUCGACGAUAGUUUUUCUAUACUUACCUUUUGUAUCAUUGUGCCCUGCUCAGUCUUCUUUCUUCGCGCAACUGAUAACGGAUUUGGAUCUAUCCAGACGUUAUACAAAUCUGACGAUUUCAGUCCCUUACUCAAGAACAUAUUUGUCUGGCAGGUCCUCUUUAUCGCUGGUCUGGCUAGCGCAAAGGUAUCUAUUCUCCUCUUCUUCUUGAGAAUCUUCCCGGGUCAGAAAUUCAGACGCAUGGUUUGGACAACACUCGUUUUCAACACUGUCGCCACGAUAAUCCUUCUCGUUGUUCAGCUCACAGUGGGACGCAUUGUCGAGUUGGUUUGGGAUCACGAGGAUCUCACUGCGAGCAUGGACAAAUACAAAAAGCCCAUUAUCAUCAUCUUGGCGCACUGCGUGGUCGACCUUUGUGUUGAUGUCUGGAUGCUUAUAUUACCCAUGACCCAGCUUUACAACUUGGGAUUAAGAACAGACAAGAAGAUCCGGGUCAUGUGCAUGUUUGGGGUUGGAAUAUUCUUGACUGCUGUCAGUCUUGUACGGUUGAUAAUGCAGGCCAAGGUUGUGCCAAACCCUAGUGAAACAGACAGCAAGCUACAUUCUACCGUGGUUUGGGCAAACAUCGAGCUCAACGUCGGUUUCAUAGUAGCGGUCGUAGCGCCUAUCCGCCAACUCUUCCAACUCAUCGCAGCCAGCGGCAAAUCUCAGGACGUUCCAACAACGAACAGAAGUCGAUCCAGAACUGUGACAUUUGUAGAUCGCUCUCUUGUGCGGAUCAAGGAUGUUGAUGAGGAACAGUUGGUGAUACAGGAUGUCGGUAAUUUGUGCGGUACGACAUUCAACACUUCAAGUAGUAGAGACACGACCAAGAGGCAUGACCAUGACGAUAUUGAGCUGAGCCAGCUAGGAACAAUCAGUAAUGGGAAGGGACAAAAUUGA